AUGCCGCCUCCACCCCCCCUACAUCGCCACCCAAGAUCUGCACUGGAAGCCUCUGCCACGAUCAAGAUAAUUUCAUUCCUGGACGCCCCGUUCCCCGUGAGCAGCGGCGGACAUUCUGAAAUCCUGGUUGGGCGAAUACCGAUACCGGGAUUCUUAUUUCUUUGAACGAAUUGACUGAUGUAUCGCUCAGUGCUGAUAAGACCGUUGCAAGUAUUGGUCCUGGGAACCGGUGGAGUGCUGUAUGCGAAGAGCAGGAACCGCAUGGAGUUGGUGUUCUUGGGGAAAGGGCUCGCGACAUUGGCGUUGCGGGAUUGAUCCUUGGUGGUAAGGGUCCUUCAUACCCCCGAUAAAGCUAAGCCAUUAGCUAAAUACAAGUUAGGUUGGAUAUCUUACUUCACAAACGGCUACGGCUUCGCCUAUGGUAACGUCAAAAGCGUCCAAGUCGUCCUCUCCACCCGUGAUAUCGUAGAUACGAAUCCGGAUGAAAACCCAGACCUGUUCUAGAGCCUCAAAGGCGGGUCUGCCAAUUUCGGCAUUGUCACAAGAUUCUACCUAGCGACGUUCCCGGAACUUGCUAGCUUCCGCUACGAAGUCCUCCGCUACUCG